GUCAUAGGCAUACGCAGCCAGUGUCGGCACGUAUGCAAUUUGAAUGAACCAAUCCAAAAACCUAGGCAGCUUGCGCGUUCAUGUCCAAAUAGUAGUGAUGUAAGGACACUUUGACCCUGAAUGCCCUCUAAGGCCGCGAUGGAUGUGACUUGGUGAGUAUGUAUGUGUGUCCGUGAACACGGACGUCUAUCGUGUGAGUGCGUGGACCUGUAUACGUGAUCCGGCAGACUGCACUGUGAGAUCUGCUUCAGUUAUAGCGGCUUCGUGCUUUGUGCACUAGCAGUAUACCGGUGAACACGUCCAGUGACCUUGAGCCCCACAUGUGCAACGGUCAGGGAUCGGGCGCACUUGGCCAAGUUACACGUAAUAAUGGCCAAUACCCCCUCUGUGACAUGUCUGUCUAAAAAAGGAGUUUGCUUCUUUUAAAGACAGAAGACGUCGGAUCAGUCGGUGCGCGCUGUGGUGUGCUGUUCCUGUCUGGCUGAGGAGAUCAGUUGCGAGGACGGCGCUCUCCUAACAGCGCAAAUAUACCAUGUUCUUCCUACGCAUCGCUGAGGCGCUGGUUACCAGUCAGGAGUCACAGCUCAAUGCCACAUUGUGCUCCAGACCACAGACAGGUGAAAAAAAUGAGAACGGCAUAAGUCCGAACGUCACCGCCCAGAAUAAUCCCAAGUCCACCUGUCCAACCCAAGGAGAUGACGCUACUUUGCACGAACCCAUGCUUGAAGGUAGUGAACAACUUUCCCGCAUCAAACUUUCUUCUUCCACCGUCGAAGGUACCGUGCCCAGUCCGAGCUCCGCUACUACCAUCUCGGUGCGUACCGUCAGCCCGAAUUCGGUUGGCGCCAGUCCUCAGCCCCCUCUGUCCUCCCCCACUCCGAGACAUUUUAACGGCUCUCCGACCCAGUUCAAAACGGAGGGCUUGCUGUAUAAUUUGCUGGUGCAUUCCGAGUCCACUGGAAGCCAGGCUGCUCGUUCUCCCUUCUCCUGUGCUAGUCCCCUACUCGCGACCCCGGUGUGGAAUAACUCUCCUCCGCGUACUCCGUCUGGUUCAAAAGGUGGGACAAGCGAAUCGAAUGAUUCAAUGGCUGAAUAUCCCCACCCUCCUUUCACUGAAUCGAAGGAGCAUCCGUCUACCCAACCUCCUUCUACUAUUGUUUCAUGGCCUCAGGCACCGCCCGACACUUCGAACCCCAUACUUCUCGCUAAUGGUCAACGCCAUCCGCAUUCAGAUGAUCCGAAUGUCUUUAGAGCUUCAGGCUGCAACCCAAGCCAUCGUACAACUUCAAUGGAAGCCAAAGACUCAGCUCCUCGACCCUACACACGUGCCCAUGGGGCCACUAUUAGUGCAUUGUCCGAUUCUACAUUGACACUAAGAGCCAGAUUACAACACCGGCGUCAACCGGACGGACCCCUGUUCGACGUACUUCACCAUAGAGCUAAAAUGAGCGCGCGCAAUCGAAGUAUCUCGAAAUCUCAGGAAAAUUCUCUUGGCUUCAACGUGUACACGAACGGAAUUUCUUUGAGUAGAUUACCAUGUCAAAAUUCUUCCAUAGUGUCAAGUCCCCGUACCACACAUCACACCCAAUCUGCUCAGGCCAGACUCACAAACACCUCAGGGCCAUCAGCCCCUGCACCGCCCCAAUCUCAUCGCUCAUCAGGUUAUUGCUCUGCCACAUCUCAACUGUCUUCCGCGUUGUCCACCGAUUCCGGGUUGGACAGACACACUGGUCCCCCUCUUCUUCAAGUGUCUGCAUCCCCACUCAUGGAACAAGAUGAUUCGAGCAUCCAAGGAUCUGUUAGACCAUUGGUCAACCGCCAACUCGUGCAACUGGCCAAAAAAACCGCUCGCCCAGUCCAGGCCAGGGUCACGGAAUGGCUUCGGCAGGUGGCCGAAUUCGUGGCCACUUCAGCCCCGGUGAUACAUCGCAUGAAGUCUGCAUCAGCAGGUCUGCCUCUCUCCAGUAGUUUCGACUCAUACGGCAUGGAGUCAUGGGUCUCGUUGCUGGCAGGUUGUUGGCACCGGUUACUUGCCCUGAGUAUGGUGGAACAUGCGUUGGAUUUGGUUGUCGUAGAGGACAAAUCUACCUAUCCUGUGAGCCAAAGCACCCAACCGGACCGAGGUACCGAUCACAUGGGCUUACCGUGGCUAUUGUUCGCUACAACCGCAGGUAUUGACCAAAUUACACGACCGGAUAGACAGUUCGCUAAUGGGUUGACCCAAUUCAUGUCUGAAAUACGCCAAGCCACCUUGAGCGCUCAGGAAUUCUAUCUUCUACGGCACGUAAUCUUAUUGACAACUGAAGAACCGGAGGCCAUACCCAACAUCGGUUUGAACGUGAUCAGAGCGUCUAGAUACGUCGGGACACCCACGGAAGCGGCACGAAGUUUCAGUGUUGCAUCAAACACUGAAUCCCAACAUCAGUUGUCAUCACCAGCUGUUCCAUUUGCAGAGAAUGCAUCGGAUAGAUCUGGUUCCACCACGGCUAUGACGUUCGAUCUGGCCUGUUUGGUCUCCGGUCUGAAGGCACUCUGCGAAUUGUGUCCAUACCAAGUGGCGAAUCUGUUCUGCGCGCACUUGCGACACGGAUCCACGCUGAACAAACAAUUCCUUUCGGAGCUGCACAACCGGUAUGUGAAUGGGAUGCUUCAGUUGAAUACUGUCCGUCCGUCUGCAAAUAACGGCUCCCUUUGUUCAUCGAACAGUGCCCAAUCCGAGUGUCCAUCAAAUGGAACCAGUAUUUUGGAACAGUUGUUUGACAACUCUUAGAGGCAGACGAAGAAAAUUGACCUCCACAGAUUGAAAGAAUUAGUACUGUGUGCAGCAAAGCGACGAAGACCGCACAGGACACGCUCAGGGUGCUUUCCGUUCGCACAUUGGGUAGGGAAAUACAAUUUUGUUUUUUAAGCAGAUUUAGCAGGCAAUCACUCUGCACAUUUUCCCGUUGACUGUGUUUGGAAACGCAUUCUUUUAUCGAAUUUUUGUACCUGAGUGCUUUUUAUUCACUCUCUUUGGUUCAUUUUGAAUCUCUGCACCGGUGGUGUUUUGUUACGCUGACAGAAACUGCUCAUCCUCACACGUCCAGCACGUGCUGCCUUGCAAAUUUUUUUCCGCGCCGUUUGCGCGACCCUUUAAUAUUCACAUGGCGCAAUCUGUGGAGACCCCACUUCCGGUUUCUUUCUAAUCUUUCUCUACGAAAUUUGAUGAUCUCUCCCCGUGUCCCUGCUCCACCAUUUUGUCCCUGUUCUCCUCAGCGAUUUUUCACGUUUAUUUGUGUGCUUUCUACUUCAGGGCCACAUUUGUACGAUUAUCCGGCAUCGUUGCGCUUUUUCGCAGUGCUGUUGGAAGUUCUGCAUCCACCAAUGUCUGAAAAGUGAUAAUGUUUAUUCCGGUUAUCGCUCUACACUGAGCAUUUAUCAACAACGUCGCCGGUUCGUAGUUACC